AGUGAUGACAAUACAUGAGGAGCUAUGAGAACAGAUCAAGAGGAAUUUGUGCUUACACAAAGGAGGUCCUGGUGGAUCUCCAGUUGGCUGCCAUCCUGGUGUCCCACCUCACUCUCCCAUCUUAUAAAAGCAGAAAACAAAAUCCUGAAACCCAUCAAAGAGAAAUUUACUCAAGGAUAUGUUCCCAUAUCUAAUGGAAACUACAUAUGGACUCUUGGCUUUAAUGAAAGAGAAAGCUCAUCUGGGGAUCAAUGCCAUCAGGUCCCACUGGUGCUGCUACAUGGUUUUGGGGGUGGAGUGGGUCUGUGGGUAAAAAACCUACCUGCCCUUGCAUUGGAAGGACAGCCCGUGUUUGCAUUGGACAUGUUAGGUUUUGGACGCAGCAGUCGACCAACUUUUGGCAGCGAUGCCAAGGAUGCAGAGGAGCAGUUUGUACAAGCCCUGGAGGACUGGAGAAAAGCAGAAGGGUUGGAAUAUAUGAUUCUUGUUGGCCAUGAUCUUGGUGGAUAUGUGUCCGCUGCAUAUGCCCUGAAAUAUCCUCACAGAUUGAAGCACUUGGUGUUGGUGGAGCCUUGGGGUUUUGCAGCGAGACCAAAUGUUCAGGAGCAUUGGGUUCCCAUCUGGAUUAAAGUAUUCGGAGCAGCAAUGAAUCCAUUUAACCCUCUUGGUCUGCUUAGGCUGGCAGGCCCACUGGGUCCUUUGUUGCUACAGCUUUUGCGAUCAGAUUUCAAGCAGAAAUAUGCUUCUGUAUUUGCUGAUGACACAGUGGCUGAUUACAUAUACCAUGUGAACGCACAAACAGCCAGCGGUGAGACAGCGUUUAAAAACAUGACGAUCCCAUAUGCAUGGCCUCAGCACCCCAUGAUGGACCGUGUGGAGAUGAUCAGUCCCUCUCUUCCCAUGACCUUCAUCUACGGAUCACGUUCCAACAUCGAUGGCCAAUCAGGAAAGGCAAUUCAAGAAAUGAGACCCAACUCACAGACAGAAAUCAUAGUCAUUCAGGGUGCAGGUCACUACGUAUUCGCAGACCAAUCCGAGGACUUCAACCAGGCUGUGAUCAAGAUCUGCAAUAAUGUCAAGCACAAUGGGAAGGAUGAAUGAGAGAGAGAGAGAAAAAUGAACAAAAAUUGCAUGGUGGGGAGAGGGUAGGCUAAGUCAUGCACGUGACAGGAGAAUUAGAUGAAGGUUGUUAAAUGAGGGACAGGGGAAGAGGUGAUACAGAAAAUAUAAAGGGAAAAAAAGAUUAAAAACUUGCUCGAUCACUUACAGCUUUCUGCAAGCAUGCUUUACAAAAAACAUAUGCCUUUGCAAACAAGGCUACUCAUGUAACAUCUGUUAUAUGACAACAAUGACAAAGUGAUUUAUUUUCAUUAGGGAAAAAUCUCCAGUACUUCUGAAUUUUUAGGGAAAAAUCUCCAGUACUUCUUAUUUUAGCGAAAAUAAGAAAAUUGCACAAAUAAACAGCUUUGCUUUUA